AUGUGCAAGUGGAAGUCAAAUAGUUGUCAAUUUAAAAGGUGCGAAGAAAUUAUUAGUGUUUAAGAAUGUUAUCGAUUAAAAUACUGCUUUUACAAUUCUAUAGAUUAAAAAUGCUAAGAAUUAACAGAUUGUAGUAUGUUGACCGCUGCAUCUCAAACUGAGUGUACUGAUCAAUCAAUGUAUUGUGGAAUCUAUAAUUCUGAAUUAAAGCAAUGCUAAGCUUUAAGUAUUAAAAAUUGCAAUAUGUAUACAACAUAAUAGGAGUGCUAAUAUAGAAGUCAAUAUUAAGAAUGCAGUUGGAAGAAUUAAUAAUGCUAAGAAUUUGAUUGUACUGUAUUAAAAUCCUAAAAAGAGUGCUUAUAGUAUUAUUAUAUUUGUAUUUGGGUAAUUGAAAAUUAAUAGUGUAUUCCUGCUUCAUGCUAUCAAAAACCUAUUACCGAUUGCUCUUUUGUUAUUGGGGUACAAAAUUAUCAAUUCUUUUUCUAACCCUGUUUGGUUGACUACUCAGAAGGUCAAGGCAAAUGUAGGGAUGCUAAUUUAUCUGAAUUAUCUCCUCUUACAUGCAGUUUAAAUACAGGUAAUGCUGCCACAUGGAGUGACAAGAGGCUGGAUAGUGGAAGUUGUUAAGAAUGCGAUGUCUAUAUUAUUAAAAUCUUAGUAAUAACAUUAUUAAUGAUGAUAUUAUGA